AUGAUACAUGAUGCAUUUGUAGAUGUUACACAGUUCAUGGAUACUGACAUUAGUGAAAGUGGUGGCAUGGAUCAAAACGUACAAGAGAAUACUGCUCAUCCAUAUGGAAAUCAACCUCAUCCAGAGGUGGAUAAGUUUGAACGGCUCAUGAAGGAGGCAAAUGAAGAACUGUAUCCUGGAUGUAAGAAGUUUAGCAAACUGUCUUUUUUGCUGCAUAUGUAUCGCUUAAAAUGCACGUUCAAAUGGUCAAAUGAAUCUUUUAAUUCUUUGCUUGGACUAUUGAAAGAUGCGCUUCCUGAAGGAGAAAAAUUGCCUCCUUCUUUCUAUGAGACCAAAAAGAUAGUUGAAGGCUUGGGCUUAAAGAAAGAGUUUGCUAAUAAGAAUGUUAAUGAAUGCAAAGUUUGUGGGGCUUCUAGAUGGAAAAAUGAUGCUAGAAAAAUUCCAGCCAAGGUCCUAAGGUAUUUUCCUUUAAAACCAAGGCUACAGAGAUUAUUUAUGUCUUCAGAAACUUCUAAAGCAAUGCGAUGGCAUCAUGAAGAGCGCAACAAAGAUGGAGUUCUACGGCAUCCUGCAGAUUCUGAAGCUUGGAAAAAUUUUGAUUGUAAAUAUCCCGAAUUUGCUGGAGAUCCUCGCAAUAUGCGCCUAGGAUUAGCUUCUGAUGGGUUUAAUCCAUUUGGCACAAUGCAGACUGUACACAAUACAUGGCCAGUAAUUUUAAUGCCAUAUAAUCUUCCACCAAUGAUGUGCAUGAAACAAGAGUUCUUUUUUUUGUCCUUACUUAUUCCUGGACCAAAAGCUCCCGGCAAUAAUAUUGAUGUCUAUUUGCAACCUUUAAUAGAAGAGUUAAAUAAAUUAUGGGAUGUUGGGAUAGAAACAUAUGAUGCCUUUGCUAAGGAGAUAUUUCAAAUGCGAGCAGCUCUCAUGUGGACUAUAAAUGAUUUUCCAGCAUAUGGUACUCUGUCUGGAUGGUGCACUUAUGGUCGGUUUGCAUGUCCUUCUUGUAACAUAAACACUCAAUCCAUAAGGCUCACACACGGCAGAAAGUUUUGUUACAUGGGGCAUCGACACUUCUUGAAGUUGGGACACAAAUAUCGAAAUGAUGCAAAAUCGUUUGAUGGUACUAAAGAAACAAGACCUGCACCUUGUCCAGUAUCUGGGGCACUAGUGUUGAAUCAAGUUAAAGAUAUAAAAUUUACUCUCGGCCAGUCGAGUGAAGGGGUAAGUGGAGUGAUGAAAAACACAUGGAGAAAGAGGAGUAUUUUUUUCGAUCUUCCUUAUUGGAAGUCUAACUUGGUGCGCCAUAAUCUUGAUGUGAUGCACAUAGAAAAGAAUGUAUGUGAUAACUUAAUUUAUACAUUAUUGGAUCUUGGUAAAAAGACUAAAGAUAACUUAGAAGCUCGAUUGGACUUGAAGGAGAUGAAAAUAAGACCAAGUUUAUGGCCUCAAUAUCGAGCUAGUGGGAGAGCAUAUCUUCCUCCUACUUUUUUCACAAUGUCUCAAAAGGAAAAGGAGUUAUUUUAUGAAGUACUACAAAAUGCCAAGUUUCCAUAUGGCUAUGCGUCUAAUAUCUCACGUUGCAUUCGCAAACGAAAGAUAUUUGGGUUAAAAACUCAUGAUUGUCAUGUUAUAAUGCAAGAACUUCUUCCUUUUGCCUUGCGGAGAUCAGUAGAUAAAAGAGUUAGUUCCAUUUUAAUUGAACUAUGUACAUUCUUUCGUGUUCUGUGUAGCAAAGAACUAAAAGUAGAAGAGUUAAAGUUACUUGAAGAAAAAAUUCCAGAAACAUUGUCUACUAUGGAGAAACUUUUCCUCCCAGGAUUCUUUACUGUUAUGAUACAUUUGGUAAUUCACUUGGCAACUGAGGCUAAACAUGCGGGGCCAGUACAUUAUCGCUGGAUGUACCCAAUUGAGAGGUCUUAUUAUUCAAGAAAAUACGGUGAUGAGAUUGAGCAUGAGACUAGUAAAGAAGAAUGUCUUUUUCCAACUGUCGGGGAGUCGUACGGUGGAGUAGAUGUAUUUGAGUUGGAUGAGAAAAUAAGGUUGCAAGCACAUCGACAUGUGCUUUUCAAUUGCGAGUCAGAAGUGGUUGAGAAUUAUAAAAAGGUACAUAUUGCAGAAAUCAAGAGAUUGCAUCGUAAGCGUCGUUUGACUCAACAUCAACUUGAUCGUGUGCAUUUCGAUACAUUUCAUGAGUGGUUCAAGAAGCAAGUAAAGGAUCUUGAAGCCACACCUAACAUCUUAAAGGAUGUUAAAGUCCUUGCACAAGGGCCGAGUUACAUUGCGAAAAGAUUUAAUGUGUUCGAUAUAAAUAACGGGUAUCGGUUUCGAACGAAGCAAAGUGAAGAAUUUAUGGUGACACAAAAUAGUGGUGUUAUGGUCGUUUCAAAGACUGAAAGUUAUGCAAGUACAAGUGACAAUACUCCAAAGUCUGCAAAUAUCACAUAUUAUGGCAGAUUAAAUGAUAUUGUGGAGUUAAACUACUAUGAAGAAUUUAAGGUUGUCUUAUUUAAGUGUGAUUGGGUUGAUGUAACCAAAGGUAGAGGAGUUAAGGAAGAUGACUUGGGUUUCACACUUGUGAAUUUCUCACGCCUUACAGACUCUGGCGAUCGAGAACGUCAUGAGCCCUUUAUUUUUGCAGAACAAGCCCAACAAGUAAUAUUUAUACAAGAUCCUGAAGAUCAUGAAUGGUUUGUCCCUAGGUUAAUUAAACCUCGAGAUAUUUUUAAUAUGGGAGAGGAAAAUAGUUUGCAUUUUGAGUCAUCAAUGCAGAGUGAUGCCAUUGACUUUGCUCUCUUAGAAAAUACUCCUGUUCCAGAAGACGAGUAUAAUGAUUGUGUAAGAAGUGGUAUCGAUGGGAUAGAAAUUGAUACAAACGUACAUUCUCAAGCUUCUCCAAAUGAUGGUAAAGCUAGUGUUGAGGGAGGAAAUGACAGUAAAAAUGAAUAUGAUUCUGAAUAA